AUGCAUCAUACUCCACGUUAUUGCAAAUCGCCGACGCUGUACCAUUUCCUACUACGAGUCAUGGAGAAUACAACGGAGAUGUCAUUGCAAAUGAGGGCCGCAACAUGUGCCGGAGGAGUAUCUGAGCAACCACCGGAACAAGGAAGACGGAAGACCGAGUUGCUUCGCCCCCUUGACGUACAACAGCCGACAUUGCACUUUAUCACUGCGACUCUGCCACAACAAUUGAACAAUUCGAAUGCGCUAAGCCAGAUCAGAUCACAUGUUUCCAAGGAAUCUCAUGCUCGCCGGCGGCGGGCACUUACUGAGAGGCUAGCGCUGUAUCAAGCGGGCAGUUUCAGCGCCAAGCAACAAUUGCACGCUCGUAUCAGAGAUGGCGGAAGGGAAGCUUGUAAUACUUGCUUUCCGUGGCCUCUUUCCGAAACUGAACUAUUCCUCUUUAAUUUCUUUUUAGAAUGGGUCAUACCAAACGGUUGGACCGAAUGUAUUACCGAAGAAUCCCAGCGCUCGUUUCAAAGAAGUAUGAGAUCAAUUUUCGUCCCCGUUGCCAUGACAGAUAUAGGAUUAUUUACUGCCGUGAUGUACGUAUCAGCACGAAGAUACAGUCUCAUCUCAAACAAUACCCGGGAAGCAGAAAGGUAUCACAAACUCAUGAUACACUACCUUCUCCUAUGCUUAGAGAAGAUAAAAGCCAUUAUCAAUAUGAGAAGUUACCCAACAGAUGCUUCCAUGGCUCUGGUACUUUGUAUGGCUACAGAAGCACACUGGGAGGGGCAAGUGGAAGCAUUUCGCAUUCAUGGAAUGGCCUUCACUGAGAUGGUUGAGACUCGUAGAACAUUUUCAGAGCAAGAAAAGGUUUCUCCAUUCCUCCUAGAAAUGGCCUCGAAGUCAAUAUACGAUCCAAGAUAUAACAUUGUGAUGGGACCUUGCUGUACAAAUUAG